AAAGCUUUUCCUCUUAGCUUUCCAUUUCUUUCCAAACAUCAAUGAAGGUAUUGCGAGCCCGCCAUCUCCCCUACGAUCUUCUUUUCCGAUGACUUGCUUUAAUCCCCGUCUCACAUUAUUUCCUCGCCGCUUUCUAUCUAUUCCUCGUUUUUUGGUACAACUUUUUGGAGAUCCAUUUUCUUCACGAUUUACUCGCUCUUUUCAGAGGCGAUCCAGUUACGUUAACUUACAACUCCUGCUCCGACCUCGGCCGAUCAUCGCCGCCAACUGUAAGAUACUCCAACAAAGGUACUUGGUCACUCCAUGGCUUUCUAGUCCUCAUCUUCAGACAGCCUUCUUGAGUUUUCACGGACGGCCUCCUCCUGUUACUUAUAGACGACGUUUAUUCCGUGCUUUUGAUGGUGUAACAAUUGCUUUGGACUGGCUAACUUAUUCGGAUUGUCAGAUUUUACUCAUCUUCCCAUGAUUUUGUUUAUUUUUA